AUAUCAAGGCUGUGCAGAUCUGGGAGGCUGGUCGAUGUAGCUGGCUACUGGUGUAGAGGUUUUGCAAUUUGGCCACGCUGCCCGGGAGGACUCCAGGCCAGCAUGAUAAUCCUAAGACCUCGAGUGGUUGGAAGAGAAGCAGCGCAAGGACAGAGUGAAGUGGAGGCAGCUGGAACACCGAGGCCCGUACUUUGCCCCUGCCUAUGAGCCGCUUCCUGAGGAAGUGCAGUUCUGUUAUGACGGUGUCAUCUCUUAUAUAUCCCUCCACCCAUCUCUUCAAGUCACGCUGACCUUAUAAUAAGGUGUGGGAUGUCUCUGGUUGUCUGCAGGAAAGCCCGUGAAGUUGAGCCUAGCAGCUGAGGAGGUCGCCACUUUUUAUGGGAAAAUGUUGGAUCAUGAAUAUACAACAAAGGAAGUUUUCCAGAAUAACUUCUUCAAUGACUGGCAAAAGGAAAUGACAGUAGAGGAGAGAUGCCUCAUCAAGCACUUGGACAAGUGCGACUUCACAGAGAUCCACAGGCACUUCAUAGACAAAGCUGCAGCAUGGCGAGCCCUCCCCAGGGAGGAGAAGCAGAAGCUAAAAGAAGAAGCAGAAAAACUUGAGCAAGAGUUUGGCUACUGUAUUUUAGAUGGCCACCGAGAAAAAAUAGGCAAUUUCAAGAUGGAGCCGCCUGGGCUGUUCUGUGGCCGUGGUGACCAUCCCAAGAUGGGGAUGCUGAAGCGGAGAAUCAGGCCAGAGGAUGUGAUCAUCAACUGCAGCAGGGACUCAAAGAUCCCUGAGCCCCCAGCAGGUCAUCAGUGGAAAGAGGUGCGCUCAGAUAACACAGUUACAUGGCUGGCAGCGUGGACAGAGAAUGUCCAGAAUUCCAUCAAGUACAUCAUGCUGAACCCCAGCUCCAAGCUGAAGGGGGAAAAGGAUUGGCAAAAGUAUGAGACGGCUCGACGCCUGAAGGGGGUUGUAAAUGAGAUCCGCUCUCAGUAUCGGGCCGACUGGAAGUCUCUGGAUAUGAAGAAAAGUCAGCGAGGGGUGGCUCUUUAUUUCAUUGAUAAGCUGGCGCUUCGAACUGGAAAUGAGAAGGAGGAGAGCAGAACAGCUGACACAGUGGGCUGCUGCUCUCUCCGCGUGGAGCAUGUCCGACUACACAGGCAUGCUAAUGGCCACCAGCAUGUCGUGGAGCUGGACUUCCUGGGAAAGGACUCAGUCCGCUACCAUAACUGUGUGCCUGUGGAGAAGCCUGUGUUCUGGAACUUGCAGCUAUUCAUGGCAAACAAGGACCCUGGGGACAAACUCUUUGACAAAUUGACUACCUCCAGCCUGAACAAGCACCUGCAGGACUCGAUGGAUGGGCUGACAGCCAAGGUGUUCCGUACCUACAAUGCCUCUACUAUUUUCCAGGAGCAGUUGCAGGUACUGACCAGAGCUGAAGACAGUACAGCCGCCAAGAUCUUAGCUUACAAUCGGGCGAACCGGGCAGUGGCCAUCUACUGCAACCAUCAGCGAGCAGCUCCCAAGACCUUUGAGAAGUCAGUGCGGAAUCUGCAGACAAAGAUCCAAGCAAAGAAGAUCCAGAUAGCUGAGGCCCAGGAGGAGCUGAGGAAGGCCGAGGUGGACCACAGAAUCAAAGGGGAUGGCAAGUCUAAAAGAAUCCUGGAAAAGAAGCAGAGGCUGCUGCAGAAGCUGGAGGAGCAGCUGGGCCACUUGAGUACCCAGGCCAUAGAUAAGGAGGAGAACAAGCACGUGGCCUUGGGCACAUCCAAGCUCAACUACCUGGACCCUAGGAUCAGCAUUGCCUGGUACAUCAACCUGUCCUGGGGUCCCUGUGGUAGGCCAGGUCUUUUCUGUGACAAGGAUGUACCUGACCAGAUGUCCUUGAUGUUAAGCUCCAUGCCCCAGGUCCUUCCUCCCCUGAGCUUUGGGAUGGUUUGGGGUGGGACCAGCAAUGGCCUGGAACAUGAAGGCCAAGUGGCUGCUCAGCCUACUGGGAGUAGGAGGUGACGAGGGCUGACAUUGUGGCUCAGGUAUGAGAUCUCGAGCCUCCCUGACACUGGGAGAGAUGCUGCCCGGCUGGGUAUUCAGCAGCAGGGGCAGGCUCCACACCAGGUCUCUGGUUUCUCUGCUGCCUGGCUUUGGAGUUGGAUGGGAUAUGGAACUGAUACCAGCCCCUCAGGCUGACACUGUCCCUGCAGGUGUAAACGGUUUGGGGUUCCUGUGGAAAAAAUUUAUAGCAAGUUGCAGAGAGCGAAGUUUGCCUGGGCCUUUGACAUGAUGGAUGAAGACUUUGAAUUCUGAAUGAUGGGACUGCACUAGAAUUCUGCACGAGGCUGACUCACUAGCAGAGCAAAACUGGAGAGUUUUGCACAAUAAAAUAUUCUGCAGGGUGUAUGGUACUGUGAUCUGGAUCAAAGGCCUGGAUGCAAGCCCUGUACUGGGAAGUAGCCCAGCUGGUCUUCUUGCUCAUGACUGUGGCAUCCCAGCCCAGCCUUCAGACCCAUGGGACCUGCAUGAGGAAAGAACAGACUGGGAACCUUGUAAAGCCGAGACUAGGCCUCGUCUUCUUUACGCUCCAUUUCUGGAGAAGCAAACGCUGCCUCAUGGCUCCACCCAGUGGUCACUUAGUCCUUAUUCCACUCAGGCUCUCCAGAGCUUUAGUUUUUCGUGCCGGGAAUGGUGCCCAGGGAAACACAUGAGCAUGCUGUGUUGUCAGUCUGGGCCACAUAGGGAGAUUCCUUCUCAGAAAAGAAAAUAUUUAACUGGCUAGUUCCUUUCUAAUUGGCACACUUUUUUUUUGUUGGUUGGUUGGCAUCCUCUUUGUUACCCUGAGUAUCUGGUCUCAAAAGAUUGUACCUCAGCCUCCACCAUGACCCUUCUCCUCACCUGGCUUCUUCACCAGGGGUAAACCACACACGUAGGUUUUCCAAGCAGGGGGCUUUAUUGUUUUCCUCACUGCCUACUGGAUGAGGACCCAGGCCUCCAGAUGCCUCUCUCUCAGCCUCAUUUGGAGACCUGCACCUGCUGGUGCUGCGGGAAGUGUGAGCUGAAGCAGAAAAUGUGGCCACACUUGGCACACCAGAAGGGCUUCUGGAGCGUGUGAACACGCCGAUGUUCCUGGAGGAAAAAGCUACAGCUGAAGGCACAGCCACAAUCCUGGCAGGUGAAGGGCCGCUCCCCAGUGUGCACGCGCUGGUGCUGCAGGUUGGGGCUCUGCUAAAGGCCUGGCUGCACUCCUGGCAUUCGAAUGGGUUCUGUGUGUGGUACAUUCUGCGGUGUCAGACAAUGUUGGAACUGUGGACAAAGGUCCUGCUGCAGUCGCUGCAUGCAUACGGUUGCUCACUAGUGAAGGUGCAGCAGUGCUUGACAGUGUCAGCAUGCUGACCUCACUCAGUGCAUCGUGGGUCCUCUCCUGUGUGCAUUCACUGGUGCUGAACUAGGCUGAAGCUCUGCCACACUCCUGGCACACGUAGGGCCGCUACCUGCUGUGGCUCUGGUGCUGGACUGUAUGUGCACUGUGGAUCAAGGCUUUCUCACAGUCACUGUGCUCGAGCGGCCUCUGCCCUGAGUGUGUGUUCAGGUGAUUCAUUGCAUCUGAGGAGCAUGUGAAGCUCUGGCCACAGGUAAGGCUGUCCUUGGGCAGGACCCACCUUCCCAGCUAUUUCUCUCCUGAGCACACUGUGUACCCACUUCCUUUCUGUCCUUCAGGUACCUCAAAAAUACCCCUUCUGUGGGGCGUUUCUCUGGGCCUCUCUAUAGCAUCCCUCAGGGCCCCAAGAGACCCCUGAAGUGGUUCCGGCACUGCCUGUCUACCGUAUCUGCCUGCUGGAGUUUUCUGAUGGGUGCCCUGCUCUGCCUGCCCAGCGCUGGGGGCGGGGGCACAGCAGCCUGGCCACUCCAUAUCUGCUGGAAAGAGACAUCAGACACACUCAGUUUUAGACUCCAAAAAACCACCAUACAGUGCAGUGCUGCAUGUGAAUCUGCCAAGCUAUGGUCAUGAUAGAGAAGUAGGAAUAAAGUCACUUCUAGUGGA